AUGGCGGUGGCCCUGGAUGCAAUCCUCGCUCGGAUCAAAGAUGUUUGUAAAAGGAAUGGUUUGCUCAUCCUCUCGGUGUUAUCCGUCACCAUCGGCUGCCUCCUGGGAUUCUUCCUGAGGACGAGGCGACUCUCCCAGCAGGAAAUUAGUUACUUCCAGUUUCCUGGUGAGUUACUGAUGAGGAUGCUGAAAAUGCUGAUUCUCCCUCUGGUUGUCUCAAGCUUGAUGUCUGGGCUCGCAGCCCUGGAUGCCAAGACUUCCAGUCGCUUGGGAAUCAUAACCGUCACUUACUACCUGUGGACAACGUUUGUGGCUGUGGUUGUGGGAAUAAUUAUGGUCUCCAUUAUCCACCCUGGUGGAGCAGCACAGAAGGAGAGCACUGAGGAGGGUGGAAAGCCCAUCAUGAGCUCUGCAGAUGCACUGCUGGACUUAAUCCGGAACAUGUUCCCAGCCAAUCUUGUUGAGGCCACAUUCAAGCAGUAUCGCACCAGGAGUAUUCCCAUCAUUAAAUCAAACAAAGCAUCAUCUGAAAGCACUACUCGUCGCAUUAUAAUUUAUGGAGUCCAGGAUGAGAAUGGAUCCAAUGUCCAGAAUUUUGCCUUGGAUAUCACCCCCCCUCCUGAAGUGAUUUACAAAUCAGAGCCAGGCGCUAGUGAUGGCAUGAAUGUACUUGGGAUUGUGAUAUUCUCUGCCACGAUGGGUAUAAUGUUGGGAAGAAUGGGGAACAGCGGUGUCCCUUUGGUCAGCUUUUGCCAGUGUUUGAACGAAUCUGUCAUGAAGAUAGUUGCAGUUGCUGUUUGGUAUUUUCCAUUUGGAAUUGUGUUCCUAAUAGCUGGCAAAAUCUUGGAAAUGGAUGACCCCUCGGCCAUUGGGAAGAAGCUGGGUUUCUAUGCCAUUACGGUGGUGUGCGGCCUGGUGGUGCACGGGCUGUUUAUUCUGCCAAUGAUGUAUUUCUUCAUCACUAAGAAGAAUCCCAUUGUCUUCAUCAGAGGGAUCCUUCAAGCCUUGCUCAUUGCUCUGGCCACAUCCUCCAGCUCAGCCACUCUGCCUAUCACUUUCAAGUGCUUGCUGGAGAACAACCACGUGGACAGGAGGAUCGCGCGGUUUGUGCUGCCCGUGGGAGCCACCAUCAACAUGGACGGGACGGCGCUGUACGAGGCCGUGGCUGCCAUCUUCAUCGCCCAAGUGAACAACUACGAGCUGGACUUUGGGCAGAUCAUUACCAUAAGUAUCACAGCAACAGCUGCCAGCAUAGGUGCUGCAGGCAUUCCACAAGCUGGCCUGGUGACAAUGGUCAUUGUUCUCACCUCGGUGGGGCUCCCAACAGACGACAUCACGCUGAUUAUUGCUGUCGACUGGGCACUAGACAGGUUUAGAACAAUGAUCAAUGUCCUGGGGGACGCGCUGGCUGCUGGGAUCAUGGCCCACAUCUGCCGGAAGGAGUUCAUCAAGGAUGGUGAUGAGGUGCCAUUGAUCUGUGAAACUAAGCCUAUUAACAUCCAUCAGAUUGUGGCUUACCAGAGAAAUGGCUGUGUGAAGACCAUGAAUGAAUCUCGUGGACCAGAAACAGUGAAAGGGUUGCAGCACCAUAUACCCAUACAAGUGGAGCAAGAAGAAACUCCAGUGGAGAAUCACACUAAGAAAUCCAACAGUAAAGACCACUGCACUAUUGAAAUAAAUGAACUAGAAACAAAUGUGUGA